ACCUCCCGUCGGGAGGAUAAGCAGCUCUCCACCAAAGCCAACCCGGGGUAUCACAUGACCCGCUAAUCUCCAAAUGCAUUUCCGCUUCCAUGAGGACUAAGAGCUGUUAUCAUCAUCAUCAUCAUCAUCACCAACAGCAACGUUGUCAUCACCGCAACCCCGUCGCCAACGGAUGAAACCGUGAAACCGUCCGGUUAACGGGUGUGGGGGGUCUCGGUUGGCCGUUGCAUCGCAGUCGAGCUGGGGGGAAACUCGGGAAAGGGGAGUCGCGGCGCCGCGCGUCGCCCCGCGGAAAACCUGCCGCUUCCGCCGCGACGCAGCGCCAACAUGCUUACGCGAGUCAAGUCCGCGGUGGCCAACUUCAUGGGGGGUGUCAUGACUAGUGGGGGCGGUCAUCCUCACGGCGGGGACCACGGCGGCUCCCACCUGCCCCUCAAGUUCCCGUACACCCGAGCGGGCUUCCUGGGGCUGACGCCGGACGAGGUGGAGUGCUCGGCCGACCACGCCGCCAGACCCAUCCUGACCGUGCGGGAGACCGAGCGGUUACCGUGGGCCACCGGCUACGCCGAGGUGAUCAACGCGGGGAAGAGCGCCCUGAACGAGGACCAGGCCAGCUGCGAGAUGGUCGGGGUCCGCCGGAGACCGGUCAGCUUCUGCCCGCCGGCCACGCCCCCGGCCACGCCCGGCGGGCCCAGUAAGACCCCCGGAGGGACCCCCACCGGGACCCCCGGCGGCACGCCCAGUGGGACGCCCAGCACCCUGCGACGCAACACGCUGCCCAACGGACACGGCCUCCUCCAGAUGGAGCCCGCCACCGAGGAGCGGGAGGGGCUGUUCUACCACUACUGGGCGCUGUUCGACGGCCACGCGGGCUCGGGCGUGGCCAUCAUGGCGUCCCGCCUCCUCCACCACCACCUGGCGGGCCACCUGCAGCCGGUGGUGGACGUGCUGCACGGGCCGCGGGCCGCGCCCAUCGUGCUGGGGGAGGAGCUUAACCCGCCCCCCCUGGAGCCCGGCUCCGCGAGGUCCCUCUGCAGGGCCACCUCGCUGCGGGCCGCGGGGGCCCCCGGCGGGCAGGCGGGGGCCCCCUGCUGCACCCCCCCGCCGCGCUACUUCAUGGAGAAGAAGAUCCAACACGAGAGCCUGGUGGUGGGGGCCCUGGAGAACGCCUUCAAGGAGAUGGACGCCCAGGUGGAGAGGGAGAAGCAGGUGUUCAACAUCUCAGGGGGCUGUACAGCCCUGGUGGCCGUCUACCUGCUGGGCAAGCUCUACGUCGCCAACGCUGGAGACAGCAGAGCCAUCAUCAUCAGGAACGGGGACAUCAUCCCCAUGUCCACAGAGUUCACCCCCGAGUCUGAACGGCAGAGACUGCAGUUCCUGGGCUUCAUGCAGCCCCACCUGCUGGGCCGUGACUUCACCCACCUGGAGUUCCCCCGAAGGGUGCAGAGGAAGGAGGUGGGCAAGAAGAUGCUGUACCGCGACUUCACCAUGAUGGGCUGGGCUUAUAAGACCAUCGAGGAAGAGGACCUUAGGUUCCCGUUGGUCUACGGCGAGGGGAAGAAGGCGCGCGUGCUCGCCACCAUCGGGGUCACGCGGGGGCUGGGCGACCACGACCUCAAAGUCCACGACUCCAACAUCUACAUCAAACCCUUCAUGUCCUGCUGCCCAGAGGUGAAGGUCUACAACCUGGCGCAGUACCAGCACGGCACAGAUGACGUUCUGGUGAUGGGAACAGAUGGAUUAUGGGAUGUCCUCUCUAACCAGGAAGUGGCUGAGGCAACAACCACUUUCCUCGCCAACUGUGACCCCGAUGACUCUCACAGGUACACGAUGGCGGCCCAGGACCUGGUGAUGCGGGCGCGGGGCGUGCUGCGCGACCGCGGCUGGCGCAUCAGCAACGAGCGCCUGGGCUCCGGGGACGACAUCUCCGUCUUCAUCAUCCCUCUGAUGUACGGGAACCCCCAGCUCUAGGGGGGAGAGCCCUGGAGGCCUCAAAGCAACACCCCCUCUGGAAGGGUGUCGCGACAGUAGGCCAUGAAAUCCUUUUUUUAUGUUUUGAAUAAGGGCCGAGGUCGACCUCGUCCUCUGAUCUGCGUCGGGGGGUUGCUCCUCUUGAAGCACCUCGGUCGGGACACAUUAAGACCUUCUGGGAGAAAGGCGGAUGAUAACGGAUUUCGGACACGAGGCGUCUUACACCACCCAGGAAGCCCGCAAGAGCUGCAAAGCCAGCUGCUCUCGCGGGAAGCUGGUGAGGCAGAAGCAGGAAGAAGCCACUGGGAGAGGCAGGAGAAGAUCGCUUUGUAGAUCUGGGUCCUUGCUCCGAGUUCCAUCUAUCGGUUCCUCCGAGAGCUCUUCCUUGUUUGUGUGUGCGAUACGAAGGAACUUCCUCUCAUCCUCCCUUCCUCCUCAUCCUGAGCUCCUUCCCGUCCCACGUUCUGUCACGUCCCGAAGGGAACUCCGCAAAGCACAACCCAGAUUCUCUCCAAGAAAAAACUCAUCGUGAAGAAUUAGUGAAGUAAACGUGUGAACGUCCUCCGUUGCGGAACGACAGCCGUUAGGAAACCGUCCCAACUCUCCCAGUUACCAGGGAUGGUGAUGGUGGCUGGGAGGGGUGGGGGUAGAGGGGUCAUGAGGAGCUUAUGUUAGUGAUGGUAGGUCUGCAGUAGGGCCUUGCAGGGAGAAGAUCUUUCUGCUCGAGAUUAAAGAAUGGUGCUGCAAUGGUGCUUCUCUCUCUAAAAGGGAGACAAACGUAAACAUACAAGAAAGACAGGCACUUAAUUCCCAUAGAGACCGGCAACGUAUUGAUAGGAGAGGCCGUAACCACCAGUACACAAAAAACUGUUUGAGUAGUUCAGCCUCCAGAGUUGCUAGAGGUCACAGGGUAGGUUUGUUGGUCCGUAAUACAUCGGUGUGGACACUCCCACUUGAGACGUGAGAAAACAUCAUGUUUUCGUGACGUGGAGCUGCGAAUGUUUUUUUGUCUGAACCAAUCACAAAAUAGAUGUCUGUCGCUUUAAUGAGUUCCCACCUAGGAGCUAUGGUUUUCAAGUUCAAUUAUAUCCCAUUCAAAAUAGUGCAUGAACAUACACGACGAUACAAAAGUUAUCAAGGACAACUCUCAACUCCUCAUUAACACACGCAAAUUGGUCAACACUGACCUGGCUACAUGCCCUUAAACGUUCAGCCGUGGUGCUACUGUGACACAGGUGGUUUGUGUGUCAACGCAGAGUUCCCGGAACUUGACACAUGUCCCUCAGAAUACCUCCAUCCUGGGACCAGGGAGCCUGGCAGAGACUAAUGCUAGCCACACUGUAGUUAGAGGCUGUUCCUGAACCUUGUUACAUACGAACUUCAUUCUGUUACCAGGUGUUAAUAAUAAGGUCUUAAUACAUGUGUAAAUACACUGUAUCACGACACUCAUCUUAAGUGUUAGCUUUUACCGUUUUUUUAAUAGUAGGUGUGAAUAUGAUUACGGCCACAGUAUAUACUCACCUCGGCUACUGCUGGUAUGCUGGAACAGUGUGAUUUUGAAGGAACCGGGAUGAACUUCUGCCAUUGGCCAUUGGCAAAGAAUCUAUCCAUGCCCUUAAGUGGAAGAGGCGGUUUAUGGGUAUGAAAUUCCCUCAUGAUACUCACUUUCCCUGUAAAUAUCUGAAGUCAAUGAAGUGGAAAACCUCAAUAGAUUUGUCCAUCCUUGGUGUUGCCUUGCACUCUGAACUUCACAUAACUAAUCAAUCAAUCAACCAAUCGAUCAAUCAAUCACCAAUAGAAAGGCGUUUCUUGAGACUGAAGAUGAGUGAAAGGGGUCUGUUGUAUUUAGAUCAGGAUGGUUUAGGGAUUGGGGUAUUUAUUAUUCCUAUUCGGACAGGAAGGGGAAGGUUUGCACAUUAAGGAGAGCCCUUUUGGGAUGCAGUUUCUCAUAGUUUGAGCCGACAUAGACGGUACUGAAGGGAAUGCCGAAGCUGGAAGUCGGAUGACACUGCACUCAUCUUCGGCAUGCAGAAGAUUUGGAGGGGUAGACUUUAACUUAAAUGUAACUCCUAUGGUUUUUAAAUAUGUGUGCAGAAAACAUGUAGGUGGGACUCUGGUUGUAGAUCAAUGCUUAUCGGUUGGUUUCAUGGAUGUAAAGUUUUUAGAAACUGAUUAGCAUUUCACUUUUGCUGAUUAGCUUGUUAGCCAACAAGACCCUGGAUGAGGUUCGUGAUAAGAGGUUUCAAACAACCGUAACUUAAAUUGCUGCUCGCUUAGCCGUAGAGCUAAGCCCCCCAUGUAGCAGGUUGAAUCCAAAGAGAGGACCGGGGAGGUGUGUGACAGGUGGAGGAAUACGUGCCAUGCCGACGUUAAGUACGGGCUUUAUGUACUGAAGCCCCCUUCGUCUCUGGUGGGUUUCUGUUCAGCCGACGGAAGACAGCGUCACGGUUCGAGCCAUCCAAGCGUACUUCAUUUAUGUACGGUGCUUUUUGUUUCCUUAAAAAGAUUGUCAUUUACAGUUGAACAUAUUUGUUGGUCUAUGAAUGUCUUGAGGGAGUCCGCGGUACAUUUCAUCGUGAUUAUUUGUUUUGACUGACUUUUGCAUGAAAAUAGACCUUAUUGCUGCCGUUUUGGUGAGCUGGAUGGAGAAACCCUUCCUAAACCUUUGGAAAAACCAAUACAGCUCAAUGGGAAAGCAUUCUAGGGGGAAUUUAUGUGGGUUAAAAUAUAUAUAUAUAUAUAUAUAUAUAUAUAUAUAUAUAUAUGUAACAAAAGGAAUGGCAAUACAAAUUGGCAAACAUUUGUAAUGCCACUGUGGGGGGGAGAGGGAAAAUAACGCGUUGAGUUUUCCAGGAUUCCAAAGGUUCGAGGUUCAUCUCCCCCCCAACUAACCAACAUGGCUGACAGGUGAAUGUGGUCUAUCCCAGUCUGUCUGCUCAACCAUGAAAUAAGCUAUUUUAUAACCCUGAAACAGCAGUCUUUCAUUGUCUUUUAUACGUUGUACUUAUCUGCAAUGUCUGAUUUUCAUGUUUCAGAUUUCAAGUUGAAUUUUAAACAUAAAAAAGGGGCGGCACUCACUAGACGUUGGUGAGAGCUAUGUUUGGUUUUGUUUGUUCUUGGGCAUCAAGGCGUUCUAGCCUGUGGUCACAUCAGUGUACAAUAGUUCUUAUGAUGCUGUCUUUGGGGCCUUAAUGUUUGGUGAAUGUUAAUCCUACCUGCAGUAGAAAGAAAACUAGCAAGUCAUUCCAUUAGGCUCUCCCAUAUAUCAAUGUAAAAGAGUUUAUUAAUGCAUCUAUUUAUUUAUGUUCAUGUUUAUUGUUCUGGUCAUGCGACUAAACCCUCUGCCCAGGUUUGACUAUUGCGUAACACCAGUAUGACCAGUUAAGGGUCUCCGGUAAUACCAUAUUCUCUGGAACAGACCAAGUCCAUCUAAAAGGUGUGUUGCUUGAAGGUAUUUAAAAGGGGCCCUAUUUCACCACCAGAUGUGGUGUGUUGCGUCACGUGGGAGUGACAUCCCAAGUGGGCGUGUCCACCAAGAUGUACAACAGAUACGUCACUGAUAGGCCGAUCCAUCAUGCAUCUUGGUGGACUGGACACGCCCACUUGUGAUGUCGCUGGAUUGUAGUUUAUGAAUGGAUUGUAAUAACUCAUCAACACAGUUAGGAAAGUUGUCCUUUUAAAGUGCGUUUGGUUACAAUCCUUACACUUUUAAAUGUUCUUUCAGACAUUUAAAGUUACCCUUUAGGAAGAUAUUGUAAGUGACCAUCUUAGACCGUUGUACUUCUCUGCUCGUUUUAUCUGUGAAUGUGAAAUUGUAUGUUUUUUUUAUAAAAAGAAACAAGUUAAUUAUUCAAGAAAGCUAUUUUUCAUGUUCUUUUGUCCAUCAUCAUCGGUGAUCAUUGGUGUUUUACCUUCAGUGUUUUUUUCCAAACUUUGUCCAAUAAGUGAAAUCAAUCUA